AUGGUCCUGAAUCUGAACGCAAGAUCAAAUCCGGAGAGGCGACCGAGGGCAGCGUCGUAUCCGCAAUAUUUGUGCAUCUCCACGACGAGGGCCAGAAGGUGCAUCCUCGGCUUUCUCGAGGCCGAGACGCCGAUAAUCGCUGGCGAUGCGACUGCGAAACCAUUCGUCGCGCAUCACAACGUCCCCGGCCUCAAUUUAGACCUCCGCAUCGCUCCUGAGCUCCACCCAAAGCAGCUCGUUUUCGGCAGUCUGGGCCGGGCACACGAGAUCGGACGCGUGUUCCGCAACAACGAGGGCAUCGACCUGGCGCACAACCCCGAGUUCUCGGUCUUCGAAUUCUGUAUGACGCAUGCGGACAUGUACGACACCAUAGACAUCGCUGAGUGCCUGAUCGAGGGUAUUGUGAAGUACUUCACCGUCAGAAAGCCGACGCUGGGGUCAGCGAGAACGUCUAUGAGCUGGGCUCAAAGCGGCCAUGGGCGCGAUACGACAUGA